AUGUUGAAUGGUGAUGGUUCUACCUCACAGAUGGAGGUUCUUUCGAGGAACGCUAAAGUCUUCUCCAAUAAGAAGGUAAAUGUCAUCCUUGAUGAAGCUAACUUUCUUUUAUUGAAGCAACAAAUACUACUAACGGUUCGUAGUCAUCGUUUGGAGCGGUUACUGAUGGGAUCAUAUCUGUUUUGCCAGCGAUGGUGCUUAAUGGAUCAGGGAAGGUAUCAGGUGGAUAUGAGGAUCAAUCUAAGUCUAGGUCAUUUGUUCGUCAGUCAUAUUCACGUGGAAGGUCUUCUGGUUGAGGAUGAGGUCAGACUAGGCUACAUGUCAACUUUGUGGAAAAAUGGACAUCUGGUAGAUCGAUGUUGGCAUCGAUUUGAUGAAAGCUUUCCUGGUAUUACAACUAAUAAUAACUCGUAUUCAAAGGAUGAAUAUAGCGUUGCUUAUUAUUCUGUGAGUGACAACAAAAGCACUAGAUGUGAGUGUUGUCUUGCUAAGAGAACUGGAUCUAAGUUGUUAGCUCAUUCAAAACCAACGUCUUCUCGUGAACAAUGGGUCAUGGAUUCAGGUGUUACGCAUCAUGUUACCUCUGAAGGUGUGAAUAUUAAUCAAUCAGUUGACCUUAAUAAUCCAGGUAAACUAAUUGUUGGUAAUGGAGUUGCUUUAGAAAUUGAAUCUAUUGGUUAUGCAUCUUUGAAUUCAUCUUCUCAUCUUUUACUGCUAACUGAUUUGUUGCAUAUGACAAGAAUAACCAAGAAUCUACUUUCGAUGUCAAAGCUUACUAGGGAUAAUAAUUUUUUUCUCGAGUUCCAUGCCCAUGAGUGCUAUGUUCGUGAUGAGAAGUCUGGUGUAGCCUUACUUCGAGGAAGAGAAUAUGGUGGUCUCUGUGCAUUUAAUCAACAGGCUUCCUACACAGUUUUGAAAGGAGUAUCUCCAUUUGAAAAGUUAUUUCAUAAGAAACCUGAUUAUGGACAGCUGAGGGUGUUUGGGUGUUUCUGUUUAAUUAACAUGAAGCAUCCACAAUCAAGUUUGCCCCCAGGUUUUAGGUUCCACCCUACAGAUGAGGAACUCAUCCUUCAUUAUCUAAAUAAGAAACUGAGUUCCUCCCCUUUCCCCGUUUCGAUCAUCGCCGAUGUCGAUAUUUACAAGUUCAACCCCUGGGACUUACCAGAUAAAGCCGCCUUUGGUGAGAAAGAAUGGUACUUCUUCAGUCCGAGAGAUCGGAAGUACCCUAACGGUGCGAGACCAAACAGGGCAGCCGCGUCCGGAUACUGGAAAGCGACCGGCACCGAUAAGGUCAUAGUUACCUCUUCGAUGGCGGAUGGAAGGGGUGAAGUGCAUGAGAAUAUUGGUGUAAAGAAAGCUCUUGUUUUCUACAAAGGCAGACCCCCUAAGGGGGUAAAGACCAAAUGGAUCAUGCAUGAGUAUAGACUUGCAGACAACCCUAACUUCAACUUCAACAACAGGCCACUCAAAUCCAAAGAUUCCUCCAUGAGGUUGGAUGAUUGGGUUCUUUGUCGGAUUUACAAGAAGACCAAUGCUGUAUCUUCAACAGCAACAAUAAGUGCAGCAACAAGUGAUCAAGAUCGAGAAGAAGAAGAAGCAGAACAGUUCAUUAAAGAUGCCCUUUUACCAGCUGCCAUUAAAAACCCUCCAACAAGCAAUGCCCUUCAGCCUCAGAAAUCUCGUUCCUUCUCCGACCUGUUAGACGCCACGGAUUACUUGUUCCUGAGUAGUUUGCUGGCGGACAACCAGUGCAAUGGAUCCGGAUACGAACCGCCGUCUUCGUUCGCAUUCGCGAAUAUCGAGCAUCCGCUAGUGAAUAACUACACCACCAAUGGCAACAACAACAACAACAUCAGCAGCAUCAGCUCUUCGGUUCUGAACAUGGAAAACAAACUCAAGCGGCAAUACUCGAGCAUCGAUGAGGAUUACUUGAUGAACACGUCAAAGAAGCCUUGCUGUUACAGUAACAGCAGCAGCCACACUGAUAUGAACCACUACAACUUUCUCAACCAGAGUUUACUUCUAUGUCCUCAUAAUCAGUUCCAAGGAUAAAAAAAAUCUAAAUUUUUCAUAAAAAAUUGUGAAAGAAAUUAUGGGAAAAAGAUAAGAAUAACAAUCAAUGAUUGUCUAGGCCUCCUUGGUGCAUUGAACAACAGUGGGACGGAUAAAAAACACUGGAAAUGGAGUUAAAAAGGGAAUCAAUCGUUCACGAUUUUUGUAGAAAAUUUAUGUAGUGGAAUUGGCAGCCCAAAUUCACACUUUGUAAA